GAGAGGCAGAGAGAGAGAGAGCACGGGACAGAGACUGUUACAGAAUGCACAGAAGACAGAACAGAACAGAAAGGAGUCUCCCAGGCACAGCUACAGGUAGAAGGGCUCAUAUCUGAAGUCUAUAUUCCCUGGCAUGUGCUGCCUUUAAACUUUUGGACUAAAAUUUGAGAUACCUGAAGAAGUUCUGCUGCUACACUUUAAACAUGGGAGUCAAACUGGUAGAUAGCAAGGCAGAGAGUAAAUCCAUAACUGGCUGCAAUAAGGGAAUAUUCAACAAUAUCAAGGUGUUUGUAGUUUGCCAUGCUCUCCUGCAGCUUUCUCAGCUCUUAUACAGUGCUUACUUUAAAAGUUGCCUAACCACCAUUGAGAAACGCUUUGGGCUUUCAAGCUCCUCUUCUGGCCUUCUCUCAAGUAUCCACGAGAUCAGCAACGCUGUUCUCAUCAUCUUCGUCAGCUAUUUUGGAAGCCGAGUUCACAGGCCACGAGUCAUUGGUGUAGGAGGUCUUCUACUGGCCUUGGGGACGUUUCUUCUGACCGUGCCUCAUUUUGUAUCAGAGAAAUAUCAGUUCACUGCACUCGAUAGUGGCAACAAAAGUCAAAUUCUACUGUGCACUGAAGAGAACAGGACUUCUCAUUGUAAGACACAAGGCCAGCACGUAUCAACGACGACCAACAAUGGGGGCACCAGCAUGUGGGCAAUAAUGGUGGUGGGGCAGCUGCUGGCUGGCAUUGGUACUGUUCCCAUACAGCCUUUUGGCAUCUCCUACGUGGAUGAUUUUGCUGAACCAAACAAUUCUGCUUUAUAUAUCGCCAUCCUGUUUUCAGUGGCUGUGUUUGGCCCUGCGUUUGGAUAUCUUCUUGGCUCUGUGGUCCUGAGGAUGUUUGUGGACAUUGGAAGAGUGAAUCUUGAGCAUGUGGAUCUGACAGUAGCAGACCCUCGCUGGAUAGGUGCCUGGUGGCUUGGCCUUCUCAUUGCUUCAGGCUGCCUGGUGAUCACUUCUAUCCCAUAUUUCUUCUUCCCACGGGAAAUGCUGAGAAAUGAGAAGCCAUCACCGGAGCAGAAUGUCCUGAGAAAGACACCAGACGUUAAAGCAGAAGAAGGUUCUCUGACCAACUUUAUAAAGAAGUUUCCUCGGUAUUUCGCACGGCUGUUCACGAAUCCAAUCUUUCUGAUGUUGGUCCUGUGCCAGUGCAGUUUCUCCUCGGUCAUCGCCGCCUUGUCUACUUUCCUCAACAAAUUUUUGGAAAAGCAAUACAGCUCAAGCACUUCCUAUGCCAACUUUCUUAUUGGAGCAGUAAAUCUGCCAUCGGCCGCUCUGGGAAUGUUGAUAGGUGGAAUCAUUAUGAAGAGGUUUUGUAUCUCCCUGCAAGUCAUUCCUCGUUUUGCUCUGGCAAUCCUUCUUCUUUCCAUUAUGCUCUGUGUUCCUCUUUUCUUCAUGGGCUGCUCAACACAGGCGCUAGAGAUGGGAAUUACCAAGCACUCACCAAGUGGAAACACUCUCUCCAACUGUACCUCGCAAUGUGCAUGCCCAGAAUAUGCCUUCCAACCGGUGUGUGGGUCUAACGGAGUGGAAUAUCUGUCUCCAUGUCACGCAGGAUGUAGAUCACUCAAUGAAACAUCAUCAGAGAAACUUAGGAUGUAUCAGAACUGCUCUUGCGUCGCUGACAUUUCUGGGGAAGGGACGGCGAAGACAGGAUCCUGCCCUACUAGUUGCUCUCACCUUCUGCUGCCCGUCAUGUUCCUUAUCUCCUUUGCUGGUCUCAUUGCCUGUCUGACACACAACCCCCUGUAUAUGAUGGUGUUACGGGUUGUGCAACAGGAUGAAAAAUCCUUUGCGAUUGGAGUUCAGUUCCUUCUAAUGAGGUUUUUAGCCUGGUUGCCCGCUCCAGCGCUCUUUGGACUUGUCAUUGACUCAACUUGCCUUGUGUGGGAUCAAUCCUGUACCGGAACGAGAGGGGCGUGCAGAUAUUAUAAUAAUGAUCUUCUACGUAACAGGUAUCUUGGUCUACAGAUGGGAUACAAAAUUCUAGGGAUAUUGUUAUUGUGUGUUAUAGCCUGGAAGGUGAACAAGCGCAAGGAAUACAAUGUGCAAGAAAAAGAAUCUGGCAUGGCAUAGGCAUAAUACAGUAUCCAGAGACUCUUGGCUUCCAAUGUUGUACCCCACCCCAAAACUCUCUUCCUCAGGGAGCAGUCAAUACUCAUCAUUCCAGAGCCUCUUCUAUCAAUGCAAGUCACACCACCGAGGCUGAUAUUGGGCCAGCUGGACCCGAAUCACCCUUUCAAGGACAUAUUCGGGAUGGCAAGCCAAAUGUAGAUCAUGCAGCAUGUGUUAGGAAACCUUUUGUAUGAUGCAAUAUCAUGUAUAUACCAACAUGCUUUCCUACAGCUCUGCAUUCAAACACAGACUGAGAUGAAGUUCAGAACCCAAAUACAGUAUUUAACCCUUCUGCUAGAAGACUUUCAACCUUGGUUGUAUCUGCAAUCAAGCUACAGGAAUCACUGUUUCUGGUCCAAGCACCAUUUUUGUAUUAAUGACCUUUAUACCCCAAAACAAAUGCUACUGUACAGGAGGAUCUGAGACAAUUCCCCCUGAUAUAUUCAAGCUGAUUUACAGCAACUGUUGCUUUAAGACGUUCAACCUCAUCGUUGAGUGUGCUCCUAUAAGCUGAUUUAGGGAGACUCCGACUUAUCUAUUUUGCAUUGGACAAUAGGCCAGUAAAUAUCAUUGUAUCAUAAAUUUUCAUUGAAGAAUUUGUUUCUAUGAUUUCUAGCAAUCCUAUCAUUCAUUUAAAUAUGUGAUUUUUUUUUUGUAUCCACCUAUGGCUUUGUAUAUGAAAUUGCAUUUCCAAUUAACACUGGUAUUUAUACACAA